AUAGUGGGGGAAGCAGCAUCUUGGCAGCUGGUGGCAGCUGGUUGGGAGCAUCUUGCACCAAUAUUUUGGGAAAGAUGGAAAUGGGGGGAGGAAGGAGAAAGUUAACGCUGGCUUGUCCCUCACCGCUGCCUUCUCCUUUCACCGGCGGCUCCGCAUCCAUGCGAGGGCUGGACUAUUAAUAGUAUUUAUUUUCACUCGCUGCACACAAAAAAGAAAGGGCUGCGGGAGCGGGGGGAGGAGGGAGAGGAAACGUUUUGUGCUAUAAAUAGGAAGAAAAAGGAAAAAAAGGUAGCAGUGCUCCGAGGAAGGGAGGGAAGAGGAGGACGAGGCAGGGGUGCGCAGCGCCUGCGGUACCGAGAGUGCAUGGAGGGGGCUGCCGACAGAGGGGGGCUGAGUUGUGCUCGGCCUCAGCCCGGCGGGAGCUAGCUGCCAGGGCGAUGCUGCACGGCCCCGCCGCCAUGGGGGAGCCGUGGCAGCCGCAGCCGCAGCAGCAGCAGCGGCUCCCGGGGCUCGGCAACGCCUCGGAGCCCAGCGCUUGGCCCUCGGAUGCGGGAGGGCCGGGAACGACGGCUCCGGGAAGCGUCGGCGGGGCCGGCCCCGAGCCCGGGAGCGGAGCAGGAGCCGGGGGAGCCGUCAGCCCCUGGGACAUCGCUCUGUGCGCUACGGGGACGGCGGUGGCCGGGGAGAACGCUUUGGUGCUGGCCGUGCUUUUCUACACGCCGAGCCUGCGGGCUCCCAUGUUCCUGCUGAUCGGCAGCCUGGCCCUGGCCGAUUUACUGGCCGGACUGGGGUUAGUGGCCAACUUCGCCGUGCGGUACCUGCUACGACCUCCCAGCGAGGCGGCGGAGCUGGGGGCUGCGGGGCUGCUGCUGGCCGCCUUCUCCGCCUCGGUCUGCAGCUUGCUGGCCAUCACGGUGGACCGCUACCUGUCCUUGUACAACGCGCUGACCUACCACAGCGAGCGCACGCUGGGCUUCACCUGCGCCAUGGUGCUGCUGAUGUGGCUCCUGUGCCUGGGAGUGGGGCUCCUGCCGCUCCUGGGCUGGAACUGCCUGAGGGACCAGAGCUCCUGCAGCAUCCUGCGGCCCGUCACCAAGGACAACGCGGCGGUGCUGGCCGUCACCUUCCUUCUCCUCUUCGCCCUCAUGAUGCAGCUUUACCUGCAGAUCUGCAAGAUCGCCUUCCGGCAUGCCCAGCAGAUCGCCGUGCAGCACCAGUUCAUCGCCACGGCACAGGCCACCUCCACCCGCAAAGGGCUCUCCACUCUCUCGCUCAUCCUCGGCACCUUCGCCCUGUGCUGGAUCCCCUUUGCUAUCUACUCCUUGGUGGCCGAUUCCAGCUACCCCGUGGUCUACACCUACUCCUUGGCGCUGCCCGCUACCUGCAACUCCCUCAUCAACCCCAUCAUCUACGCCUUCAGGAACCCAGACAUCCAGAAGUCUCUCUGGCUGGCCUGCUGUGGUUGCAUCCCUUCCACGUUCUCCUCCAGACCAAGGACAUCCAGCGAUGUGUGAGGACUAAGCACGGAGUGAGACAUGCUCUCUUGCUCUUCUCCUCCUCCUCCUCCUUCUCCUCCUCCUCCUCCUCCUUUUCCCUUCUGUCGUUAUUGUUUCCUACAGGGAGGAACCCCCCCAGCCAGCACAUCUUGUUCCAUGAAAAGAUGGCAAAAAAGAGGGAAAAAAAAGAGAAGGGGGAAACAAAGAGAGAGGGUAGAAUGAGAAUGGUUUCUUUUAGAAAUGUUAUUUUCUUACACAUUUUAUUUUUUAUUUAAAAACACAAAACACACACAAAAAAGGGGGGGAAAAGAAAAAGAAAAUAGCUUAAAAAAAAAAAGGGUCUUCACUUGACAGCAUUUGUCUCCUCUUGGGGUAAGGAGCCAGGGGAGCAGUGGGCUUGCCAGCCCUGGCUGGGUCGCUUUCACCCUCACCCCCUGCCCUGGGGCCACAUCCCAUGAAUGGCAACCGCUGGGAAGGAUGCAGGAAGGGGGUGAGUGUUGGAUUCCCUUAUCGGGGCUGGUCCCCACACGUGGGGUUGCUGUGCCCAUUCCCCUGACAUCAGGCCUUGUGAUGCUAUGCAAUAAUCAGA